AGCGUGGACGUCCGCCGAAGCAGAGGUUCCGCUCCCGAGUACCCUGUUCGUGGGAUUCCGACGUACGGCCUUUUCGCGCCCGAGUCGAGUGGACGAACGAGCCCGGGACGUUUCGCGCCACGCUCGCACGCGAGUGCUUACGAGAGCGAUCUCGAUCCGAAUCUCCGCCCCCGCCCCCGCCCCGCGUGUGAGAAACGCCUACGUCUCGCGCGUUUCGACGCGACUUCAGAGAGCGACACAGAUCGGAAUUGCCUUGCCGCCCUCCCCCCCCCCCGCCCCGCCCCGCUCGAAGAAGAACCACGCGCGACACUUACCGAUUACCGAAGAGCGGGAGAGCCGACGAUCGCGCGACUCGAACUCGGAACGUCGACGGAUGCGGAGCGACGGAAGCGCACGAAUGCCGGGAACAGUGGCAUGCUUUCCGUCGGCGGGAUCGUGAGGACUAAAGUGCCCGCAGUCGACGAGUGUAACGACGUGAUCGCGAGUAUGUGGUGGUGAAUCGCGAGUCGAUCGUGCGCGCCCCGGUACUCUCUCUCUCUCUCCGACAUUGUCGCGCGAAGUCGUGGAAUGUAAAUACGCGCGCCCGCGCGACCCGCCGCGCCGCGCCGCUGAAUGUUGUCCGGAUUAUCGGCGAUUAUAUCGGGAUACCGUUGACGCGGUGGUGAAUCUCGGCGCGAGUGAAACUCACGGCGAAUCUGACUUUGCUCGCGCGUCUCACGUAGCGCACGGUCGUUCGCGCACGGUCGUUCGCGCACGCACGCAGUCGCAGCCUUUGGGAUUCCUGCGAUCGAGAGAUAUCGGGAGAAUUGCACAGCUCCAGUUGUAAGAAGAUAGCAUCAUAUUUAUCUGAAUUUACGCUCGAUCUUCCCGGCACUCGAUUGAUCGGUUUGGCGCCCGAUUCCCUCACGGAGACAGUUUACUGUCCGGCGCUGCCACCGCCAAACAUGCGAGAUCUUCGAAUCAAUUAUCGUGGAGAAGCCUACUCGAGACUUUAGAGGACUCGACAGAAAUCUGGACAAAAUGUCGAUGACUGGGAGCUUGAUGGGAUACGAGAACAAUAACGAUGUGAACCAGGCCAAGUGUAAGAAGCCGCUGAAGCCGCUGCCAGUAGUGUCGAGCAUAAGCUCGAGUGGCGUAACAACGAGCACGAGUCAGUCGAGGCAGAGAUCACGAAGAUCGACCAGGAGAGAGUCGUGCAUACGCAGUCAUGUGAACAGCCUCUGGUCCGUCUGGUACGGCAUCCUGGCUGUUGCUUUUCAGGCGUACAUAGCGAUGAGAUACGCCAGACGAUUCUCCGCUUAUAUUGCACUACCAUGGCCAGGGGAAACGCCACCACCGAAAAUCGAGUUGUACGCCUGUGUGGUGCUGGCCGGCGCCGGUAUCAUCCUACUUCCGGUGUUGCUUGGCGCGGCAAUCUUCAAGUUUGGCAAUCUCGCGAACGAUGGCAUAAAGCUCGGUCGACAUUUGAGCGCCUGCUCGCGUGAUCCGCCGUCUUCGUUCCUCACUAGUAAUCCCGAUACGAGUCUGGCAAAUAAUUUAUGGAGACACGGCGGCCCUACAGCGGCCUUCGUGCACCUCUGCACGGCCAUGUGCUUCCUCCUGCCCUCCCUGCUCAUGGAAGCGAGGCUAAUAUACGCUGGAUUUCUGCCAAAAGAUGCAAUAUGGAGGACCGAUCUGGACUGGAUGGUGAUACAUCGCGAUCGGCUGGUUCUACUAAGCUUCAUGAACCCGAUUGGCAACCUGAGCACCUUGACCGGUCCGAUAACUCCUCAGCCCUACGUAACCCAGAUCCCGGAAGAAGGCGUGAACGAGAACCUGGACGAAUUCACUACUUCAACGCCCAGUUUGACGAAUGCGGCGCUUCCCAACAUUGUCGAGACUCGUAUUGGCGAGGCAACCACUAUGUUCUCGGCCGUUCUUCACCCGGUCGCCACGGGUCCGCCGUUGGUCCGAACUACUACUUCCAACCCCGGUGCAAAUCCUACUUCCGGUAGGACCGCAUCGACGACCACGAGUACCAGCACCGAAGCACCGACUCCAACCGCGAACUCGAGAACAACGAUGCCGCCAAGGAACAGCACCGCAAGACGCCCGACCUUAAGAAGCGUCGUCAGAAGCGGCGGUUCAAAGGGCAGGUCAAAGGCGAAGAAUCUCACGCGGUUAUCCACCACGGCAAGGCCCUCGCGAGCCGCCGCUGGAAACAUGACGGCGCAGAGCAUGUCGUUGAUGAUGAACAGCCUGGCGGAUCUCGAUCAUCCCGAGAACCUGAACCUGGAGCUUCAGACUUCAGCCGAAUCAUACGGCCCGAUUACUUUGGAAUAUCUGAAUUACAUCGCCGCGCUCGGCGUCUACUCGGUAAGGUAUCCCGCCGUCUUCUGGUCGUGCAACAAAGCAUUGGGUACAAUUUUCAGUCUGCAGCUGGUCGUAAAUUCAGCGCAGAGUCUGCUGGCUUACGCCGGAAUGUCCGUCCUUUACAAGGUUCAGGUGGUAGGUGCCUUGAAGGUCCUGCCGCUGCUUCGGCAUCGCACCGUAGCGACCACCAGUACAAUCUCGACAAUAUUCGGAGACUCUUACUUUCUGCUGGAUCCCCCGGUAACUCUGGUGCUCUUCGCCCUCUCGUCCUUCCUCGUGCUCUGUUCCAGCAUGGUCAUGUACUUCUACGCUCACGGCAGGUUUAUAGCGUUCCUGAACCAGGAACGUGAGCGUCGUAUAAUUCUCUCGAGGGAGAGCCGCGAGGGCAACGGCUGGGUCUAUCUGCCGCAUUGCGCCGCGCUGGUCGUGUUCCUGGCGAUCGCGAUCUGCAGCGCACCCCUGCUCUACGACUACAUCGUGGUAUACCGCGGCAGCCUGGACGGCGCCAUCCUCGCCUGCAUCAUCGGCACGAUAUUCCACCUGUUCCUCUGGCUGCUACUCUGGAUAUUCCUCACCAUCAAGCAACACUGGACGUUCAAGCUGCGGGUUUCUAUCGGCCGCACCACUUUGAGAUCCGCCAGGUCGGUCAAGCUCGUGACCGACGUUGACCUGCUUUCCGCCCGGGACGACGACGACGGCACUAGCGCACCGUUGCUCGUUGUUGGUAACGGCAGAACUUACACCAUCGCCGACACCUCGCCGAAGCGGGCCAUCAUGAGUGUUAUACAGAAGGCUGCGAUGGAGAGGAAGGCGCGAUCGCAAGGCGGAAACGUCGACGGGGUCGACUGCGAUUCGACGGCCGACGGUGACGAGCAGAUCUACUGGCUUAGACCAAAGUUACGUCCCUCACCCGCGCAAUCCCCGAGCGACACCAGCGGCGCACCGACGUCCGACAAGGGUUGGCUGAACAAGAAGCUCAAGCAUAAGGUCACCUUUAACGACCUGCCUAGUACGUCAGGCUCGCGUAAUAAGGGAAAAACCAGACGAGGCGUCGCUGACGGCGGGCCUGAUGAUGACGGAGAUUACGCCACGCUACGCGAAUUACCGCUAAUCACCUCGCUGGACCCAGCCGAUGAUUCUACCUCUGAGGAGAACAAGUUGCUCGAGUGCGUGAACGACGAUCAAGUGACUUACUACGCGAGUGCGAGUCGCGACCUGCAACCGUCGGAGGGUGAUCCUUCGCCACUUCUGACUCCCGAUCCUCUACCCGAUCCUGCGGAAGAACCGCUUCCGCUGCCACCUCCGACUCCAACCAUCGCACCAACCACCGAUAUUGUCACGGCGCCACUAACUACAAACGCCCAGAUGAACGGUGGGCAAACGCCGCGAUGCCUGCGUCGCGCCGACUCGGGAAUGCCCCACGACGAACUGACGCCACGCUCCGACUCCUCGAACUCGCCGCCCUUGGACGCGGUGGGCGGCGGUGGCGGAGGCGCCGGUUCCGUCACCGGGCACAGCAACACCAGCAGCAACAGCGAGUCGUCGAGCGGCGUGCACAGCAACGCGAGCAACGCCAGCAACGCCAGCCACAGCAGCUCGCAGCGGCGCGCGACCAGCGUGGACGACCUGACGGGAGAACCGCGCGAGGAACCGCGCGAGCAGUGGCGCAGCUGCUCGCUACAGCGGGGCACGCAGCCGCCCACGGCGAACACGACGUUCUCGCCGCCCAGCAGUCGUCCUGGUACCAGCCAGUCGUUCUCGUCGCCGCAGUACGUGAACCACGUGCCACCGUUCAGCAACGUCGCCACCAGCGAGAUCGGCGCCGGCUGCCCGGCGGUCAUCCUGGAGAACCCGAACGAGGCGACGGUCGUAAUCCGGCGCAAGCUGUCGCGGGCGAAGCUCACGGAUCCGCUGAACCCUGAGGAGCCGUUCGGCCGUUCCACCAACAUGAGAAUGACCUCGUUCACGGAAAGCAGCGACAUCCGCAUCCAGUCGUCCUCGGCGACCCUGCCGCACUAUCCCACGCAGCCGAUCGUCACGUACCCGCACUGUUCCACGAUGCCGCUGCCCCACGCGUCGCACGGCGUGGCGGGGGCGAACAUGAGCGGCGGUGGCGGCGGUUCCGCCGGCAGCUGCGGCUCCGUGCCACGGCACACGUUCGUGCCUGCGCAGGUACACGGUGCCAUGCCGGCGCACACGACCCUGCCGUCGCAUCACAACGGCGUCAGGCUGCUGCACGGUGCCGUUGCCCCGGGCGGUCCCAACAAUCCGUUCGUCAAGAGGUUCCCGCCGGUGCAGCUGCACACCCAGCCGUGGGCUCUGCCGGGCCACCACACCUUCCCUCAGAUGCCGCAGGCUAACAACAAGCUCACCGCCACCGCACAGAUCAGACAGAGCGAUCGGGACUCGGCGAACUUCUCCAUGGCCAGCAGCGGGGACUCGGACACGUGUCUGCCGCACUAAAGCGCGCGUCGUCGAAGAUCGUUCGUUGAGAACGGAGCGAUUAGGAAGUGCGAGUCACCGGCCCCGAUGAACUCGAGAUUAGGUGAUCGGAGAUUAGGCUCGGUAUUUUCGUAAUGACGCGCUUCGCCGUGAAGCGAUGACGGCGAGGAUCGCGGUUUCCGGGCGACAGCUCACGAUCAAUCGCGAUCCUCCCCCAACGAGCUCACUCGAAAGGGCGAGAGUGAUAGUUAGCAGGCAGAGAAGAAGCGUUUUGCGCGAACUCGAGACGAGCUACGAAUAUCUCGCUUCGAAAUCGACGUUAGGAAUCACGCAAAAAGUCGUAACACGCCCUUAACGCGCUGCAUUACCAGGUUACAGAUCAUUGUGAGGAAAGGCUCUCACUCGAUUAAGUAUUUUGUACUUGUCUCGCGCUCACAUACGUCGGAAUUUUACAAGCGAACGAAUCAAGAUUGAAAACGGACAUAUCACACUACUUCUGCCAUUUGUUAGCGUAUAAAAUAUGGCAUUCCCUGACUACCUCUAUUUUCUUACAAACCACUUUUACCAUCUGACCCAGCUCCAACUACGGCGGUCAGACUUUACCUAAUUAUUUAUACAUAUAAGUAUGUCUACGACAUUAUCCUAGAAGUUAUUCCACAUGUUACGUAGAUACGUGAAAAUUCCAUUCAGUUGAAUAGGUAUCGAGGCGUCGUGUAGAACGCGAAUACGCGAGCAAAAUGAGAGAAGCAUAAGUAAACGUGAUGUUUCAUCUUGUGAAGAUAAGAUUAAUAACUAUAACUAUAAAAAGGCACCAAUUCUCCCCGUUACAUAUCCCAUACGUUGUGAUUCCGACUUAAUCUCUAAUCUCGCAGCAAUAAAAUAAAAUAUCUUGCAGCCAGUAGUGAUAAAUAAACAAUAGGGGUUUACUGAUUCGAGAGAUCUUCGUCCUGGUUAAUGCGAGGUACUUUUAGGCAACAGGCAGUCACGCAAAAUAAUAUGUAAUACGCGUAUGUAAAGCAGUUUAAAGGGGAGUGUGUUUAACGAUCAGAUUACGCGAUCAGCGAUAAGUAUAACGGAUAAUGAUGGAUCGCUGCUCGAGUUUGCGCAAACAUCUUUCGGUACGUGUCGAUGCGCGUGCUUAUAGUUAAAAUCAUCAUUUCCACUUGAUCAUCUUACGAGGAUGCAGGAGUGUUCGAAGGGAACCAGCGCUUUGCCGCAUAUUAAUCCGCCGGGAACUGAUCGUUGGCAGGCAAGAGUGAGAAUAACGUAGUUAUCCCAUUUUAGGUAUGGAAAAACGUUACGUGUUGUCCUAAAUAAAAGAAAUUUGUGUAUAGACUGAAUUAAGGAUAGCUGAUUAAGGGAAAACCGUGGAAAACCUCGGACCGCUCCUCUUCAUAUAAGCAUACACGCUUUUGUAUUAAUAAUUAAGAUCUUUUUUCUACCGAUAACGCUGUAAAUUUUGUUAAAACGUAAUUUGUAUAUUGCUAAUAUCGUUUGUUCAUACUGCGGCUCGAACGAGCCACCUGUACUGCUGCGAUAUAACGCGAGAAGGAGAAAAGCAUUCUCAUUUCGAGUGCGAUGUUUUUCAAUUAUGCGCAAUACGUUUUCCUUUUUUUUAUAUUCGCUUUUGGUCUUUCUUGCUCCUUUCUCAUAUAUACAUCGAGUUCGUCAUCGAGAUAAAUGUUCAUUUGUCCGAUUAUUGUAUUAAAAUAUUGUACGUUUAAAUAUUAUGGGAAUUACGUACGAGAUGACGCGCGAGCGAUUUUUUUAUAUGAAUUACUGUAAAAAUACAGCGCAGAGAUUGCAGUCGCACGAGUCUCGGCCUUGAUUAGAUUCUUUUUUCACGCGGUAUAUAUUGUAAAAAUUUACCGUUACGUUAAAUCUUGUUAUGGCCUGACAACGGGACACCGCAAUCUUCCGCCUUGUGGUAACCGUGUCGUACGAUUUGCAAUAUUAAUAACUGCCAUCGAGAUUAAUCAGCGCACGAUCAGCGUAGUUCGUAGAACGGAGCAGUUCUAUGGCACCCAGGCAUUACUCGUAGCAUUUUACUCUUACACACUGUGAGUAUGUAAGAGAGCUGAAGAUCAUUUAUCACGAGAAUAAUGUGUGCUAUUUAGUUAUUUAUUUCUGAGAAUGCUCGGCAUCUUCAUAGGCUCGAUAUUCUACUCUUCGUUAAGGGAACUCGCGCGCAACAAAGUUCGCGCGCACGUGCAAAAUUUCGUACGCCUCAUUUUAUUGUUUCCUUAUUUUCGUCGUUCUCUCUUUUUUACCUGAUUUUCCUAUUUGUUGAUGUUAUUUAAGACGAACAACGAGUAUUUAUUUCAUGCCUGCGAAUAUAUAUAAAUAUACGCUCAAGAAUUGUUGAAUCGCGCCACGAGCAGAGGACAAUGACAAGGCGCAGUCACGUCGUAGGCGGUUUGGGGAACGAUUACUGCCACUAAUCGCAAGGAUCCUACAGAUCUCUAUUAUAUUUACUGAUUUCUCGUCAACUGCCAUGUUAUUUCGUCCUUUCGUGAACAUAAGUAAUCGCCGUAAUCGUUUUGUAUUCGAGUCUAGCAUUUGCUUGUGCGUAUGCUGCUGGUACGCGCGUAAGGAGCAUACGCCGGUCCGCUAAGUUGCGUUCUUUCGCGACUAUAUCACGGUAUUGUGAGACGCGCGACGGCGAAGACUGGCCUCGCAACGAUAUGUGCAUCAUCUCCUCAGAGUCUCUCUCGCAAUCUAACGUGUAAUAAAUGCUGGCGCCGCGACGCGCGUUCUCCGCUUCUCAGAGAAUUCUUUCCACAAUAUCGCCGAUUAAAAUCGAUCGUCUACCCAAUUUGUAAACGCCGAUUUCAAAUCUUGCAUCGCGAUAAUUGAUAAUUAUUCGUGACUGCAUAACGGCAGCAGAUCGCGUACAAGCCAGCGCAUCGACUUUCCGGUAGAUUGCGAUAGACUAAGCAGCACUGAGAGACGGAGUUCUAAUAACGCGUAAGCCGAAUUCUCCAGCGAAGUUACGAAGUUACUUCAAUCGAAAAUCGAAAUAAAAGUGAAAACUCGUUCAGUAUGUAAUUCGCAUGAACGAUUAAGAGUUAUUAUACUCACAAUGUAUCCCCGCUGGUUUGCAAGUUUGCUCGCACAUGAGAUCUACGUCAAUUUACAGAACUUUAUGAGCUCCGAGAGAGCGUUGUUGCCAUGAUUGCGCAUUAAAUAUGUUGUAGUGCAUUAUCAGCUUUGUAUAAAAAAAAAAGAAAACUGUACGUACCGUUUCUCCGGGCGAACUUGCGAGACGUCGCAUUACACUUGACGCAAUGUACGAUAUUUUUUGUAAUCACCGAAAUGCGAAAGAUGAACGCGAUGCUAAUAGUAUUACGAUUGUAUACCAGUGUAACACGCACAUGUGACUGCGAUUAAAAGGAUUUUUACGCAUUCCGCAAAGGCGACUACAGCAGAAUCGAGAGCAAGGAUAUGAGCCACCGCUCGGGGCUCGUACUUGUCUCAAACACACGCGCGCACACUGCAGUAUAAAGUUCAAGUAUCUGUAUUUUUCAGUAUCUUCCAAUCGUAGUGGAAAUAGCGUGUUCUCAGCCUCGUUGAUAAAGUAUUAUCAUAUUUCUGUUACGAAUUGUUACGCAUAUACGCGAGCAAGGAUAAUAACUCACACAAAAAAUCGUAGAAUUACUCCGGAAGAUCCUGCGCUUCUCUAUUUAUAAUACUAUUACUACUAAUAAUACUAUUACACUCUGAGAAAAUGUGAUGAGAGUAAUCCGAGUGCAAAUCUAGUGGGUUGUAAUGAUUGAUCUUGGUACUAUAUCGAGGAAACAUCUCAUUCUAUCACGGUAUGCUAGCGACAGUUUAGACAUUUCUCACGCGGGCUUGUACCGACUACUUACUAUUCACGAGCUGUUCACUUGUAAGGCUAUCGACUUGUAGUAGUCACGGUCAGGACUUUCGGGCUCCGAUUCUUGAAGCGGGAAUCAAGCGUCGCGCCUUGCAAGCGAGCGCUUGCCAAGGAAAGAAAGAGAGAGAGAGACCGACCAAUCGAUCACGAGCGGCAAAUCGAGCACUUUUAUACGAUUUAUUAUCGGACGCUUCGUCAUUGCCGAUCGUACAUAUCAUCUCGCAAGGACCAUUGCAUUUCGCGAAGACAUUUUUGAGGAUACUCAAGCAAUAGCACGAAACUUCGAUCAAGGGCUGGACCAGACUUCUUAAUGAUCAAUGAGCUCUAACAAUGUGCGGCACGGAACAUAUUUUUUAAUCGCUAUUUUCGAGAUACACGCCAGCGAGAAGAAGAAGAAGAAGAAGAAGGGAGUUCGGGAUUCAAAUCGAAAUUUAAAUAGAUUUUCGUGCUGUCUCUCCUGAUCGUAGUCACCGCGUAAUCAAUCCGCUCUCUACCCUUGAUUCUGUUUCGAUAGUAGAUACUUAUAACUAGGAUCACGUAUUUUUCUCGGUGCAAGUGCUCCGGCACGACACUCUUCCACAAAUCCGCAGGCGUUUCCGCUAUCGGGGACUUCGUUGCGAUGUUUUUCCAUGGUUGAUCCACUGUCGCAGUUUCCAAUCUAGAAAUUCACAAAUGUAUUCUCGCUUUCUUUAGUCUCAUUUAUUGAAUGCUGUUAUUAUUGUUAUUGAUCCUUCUUAUCGAUACAAAUUUCGUAUAUAAUUCUUGUCAAAUUAUUUUCUAAAUUAAUUCGCCGUUUUUUGAGAGAAUAUAAAUUAAGAAGGAGACUUUGAAUGAAAUAAAAAAUCUUUCUAAUUCUUUUACCUUUUUAUAUUCAUUUGUUAUAUUUAUAUUUCGAAAGUUAAAUCUUUUCAAUCGAGUUUAAACUGAAGCUGUCUAAAAGUCGAGUAUUUUCUUUUGAGCACGUUAUUCGUUACAUGUUUUCAAUGUUCCUUUGAGCACCGUACGAUCACGAGAACGAUAACAAGUGCUCCCUCGAGCAGCAUCCAUAAUUUAUCAGGCGUCCAACGGAGAGAUUCCUGAUAGCGCGAGCCUGUGUAUACACAAUCGAUACAUUCUUGAUCGCGCCGUUGUAACCGCCACUGAUACAAUUUUUGAAAAAUGCACACAGCAACGGUAGUAGCACAAAGAAGAAAAAACUAUCUUUUGAUAACUGCACCAACUGUACGGCGGAUAUUGCUACGGCGUAAUCGCGAUGACCAUCAUAGAAAAUAGUUAUCGUCGAUUAUGGGGCAUGCAUCUCGAUAUGCGAUCAUUCGGGGAUACAGCGUGUUCAGCUUUAGUUUCAUAUAAAAUUCAAUUAAAAGUGUAAAAUCUAUUUUUUCCACUCGUGUGAAGACGAAUAGAAAAAUUAUUGCAUUUCUAAACUCGUUAAAAGACUCGAUAGAAAAAAUGAAGUAGCUCGAUGUUGCGUAAUUUGCAAGUAUCUUCCGUUUCUCUGUAAAAGCAAGAAUUUAACCGUUAUGUUUAUUACGGUUAUUAGAACCGUAUAUGUUUAUAACUUUAUAAAAAUUUAUAAAGAUACUUUUUGCAGAUGUAUGGAUAUUCACACACGCGCCCGGAAUGUUUCGCGGAGAUGACUCUGUCCCGUUCUUGACGGUUUCGCUUCGUUAUAACUUGCGUGCGAUUAAAAUCACGUAGUAGUCCACGUCGACGUACGCGAGAAACAAACGCGACGGCGAAAUACAAAAAGAAAGAGUUGCCUCUCGCAGAAAUAUUUUUUUACCGUCUAGCGACCGUACUCUAAUUCGUUUUAGAUCUGGCUAGAACCUAGACGUAGGUGUGAUCGUAGGCAGGAAGUCGAGGAAGGCUCCGCACCGGAGGCGUUUCAGAAGCAAGGAGCAAGAUCUCUAUUGUCGUGACAAUCCGCAGGAUUGCUCGUACCUUAACCCGUUGGCGAGUCAUUUCAAUUAUGAUUCAAUUAUGAUUCAUUAUUAUUAGCGGCCGUUACAUCUGUGUCUAAUUUGACACAAUCGUCACGCUUAGAUUACAAGUAUUUAAUUUAUAAAAAAUAAUUUAUAAUUUAAUUUAUAAAAAAAUAUUUUCCUAUAACUUCUCGCAAAGGAGAACGUGGUCGUUCAGGACUUUCGUUCGACGUUUUUACGUUCAUCAAGUUCUUCUAUCGAGUUUAUCUAAAAAUUAUUUGAAAAAUAUUUCGCCAUAGGAACAGGAUGAGUACUCUGAUAAAACCUUUACGAUCGUUUAAUACGAAUACGAAUUCGCUGGAAACGGAGUUAAGGUCACGAAGUGAAUAUGACGACGCCAAGAUAAGAGUAAGCGAGAAAUUGGUUGAUCGAAAUCACCCUUUUUUUUGUUAUUUAAUCAUUGGUCGCGCGAAACCCUUGGUUCCACCUGAGCGAGAGCAUUGAAGAAAAGAGCCGGUCAGAGCCCUCCAAAGAGUCGCGUCCCAGGAACGUAUGUAUAACCGCGAGAGAGAGUGCUUAAUCAAUGUGUCAUUAUUGACAUAGCUCCUCCGAAGAACACUGUAAAUAAUUAAGGAUUCACGUCGCGCGAAUGUUGAAGGGAACCGCGAAAAAGAGAGAAAGAAAGAAAACGAAUGCGAGAGUGACGGAUGCGUGCGAGCGCGUGCAAGAGACGGACACAUAUACAGCGAAUGUGUACGAAUAACUGUAUAAAGACUGAUUAGAUUAGCCUUGGUAUUUAUUCGAACCUAAAGAUUAAAUAAACGCUACUGCUUUCCGCGCGCGCCACCCCCAAAAUACUCACGGAGCACGAUGCCAAAGGUAUUUGCCGGCGUGCAUUCUCAUCUGUUUCGUUUGAGCGGCAAGGAUAUCGAUUAAUAUCACUGAUACGCGCUUACUCCCGUCUAUCACGUCCGCGAGAUCAUCUUUCCGUUGCUUUCCCCGAUUUUCCCGUCCGAAGCAAGUAAUUCUCGGCUUUUCGCACCCCUCGCACCCGAUUUCCCGAGGAAUCCGGCCUACCGGGGGCUUCAUCCCCCCGGAACGCUCAUUUUCCCCGCCUGUGCAAACCGUUCGCUUCGCAUCGCUAUUCCGCUCAGCUCCGCGUGUGUGUUUUACAGAUACAGCAGAUCUCGAGAUAAAAAAAAAAAGAGAGAAUGAAGGCUGAUGGUACAUAGGGGUUUGAUGUGCGCUUUGCGUUUCGAACGAGUCCGCGUUUACUCCUCAUGCAUUACACAUACUCCGAAUUUGCUUUCCUUCCGCUUUUCCCUUUCUUUUUUUUUUUAGUAAAUUGACACGUUUUCCGACCAUCGUGCUCGAAUGUGUGUGAACGCAGCGAAGACGGAGGGGAAGAAUGACAUGCGCGAUUAUUAACAGCGACAUUAUUAUCGUCACAACGUAUCAAUAUUAUUCAAUGCAUCGUAUAAACUAGUAAACUAAAUGUAAACUUUGUAUAUUCAUUUACUAAGAGAAUAAUAAAAAUAAAUUAUUCGA